CAAUUUCCACAAAAGCCCUAAAACACACACUCUCUCUCUCUCUCUCUCUCUCUCUCUCUCCAUACACAAAGCUAGAAAGAAUGAGAAGACCAAUAAAUACUUCACUUCUCUAGGAAUAGUACUCAUGUUGCUCUCCCAAAUUUAGGAAGAAAGUCUAAUCUGUUUUUAACAUUUCUAGGAAUCAAAAAGGAUUCAAAGCUGUAGCUUCUUUCCUCUUAAGAUUUUUCUUUUUUAUUGCCCAAACAAACUAGAAAAACCCCCCUAGGCUCACUCUCUCCCAUCAAUCUCAUCAUCACUCAAACAUCAAAAUCUUCAUUUGCUCAAAUAAGGUGGUGGUUGAACUACUAUAAGAAGUCUGCACUUUGCAGGUUGUGAUCUCUUCAACUGAACUAGAUCUCUCUCUCUCUCUCUCUUGGAUGUUGGUACAAAGUGUCUUAUUUCAAGAAACUGAAACCCUAGAUACAGGGAGAGGAGAAAAACACACCAAAGGCUUGACCCUUCCAUAACCCAACAAGAUCCACCAAGAUUGUUUAACCCCAACACCGCAAGAGAGAGAGAGAGAGAGAGAGAGAGAGAGAGAGUCAACAUUUCCAUGGAUUCAACACCAGAAGUAGAGAGUUUAGACUCCGACAAUACAAGCAUCAAUAACAACAUCUUUGCUGGUACCUCUUCCUCAUCAGCUGCACCGGCUUCAACUCCAAGCCGAUACGAGAACCAAAAGCGCCGCGACUGGAACACCUUCGGCCAGUACCUCCAAAACCACCGGCCCCCGCUCUCCCUCCCCCGGUGCAGCGGGGCCCACGUCCUCGAAUUCCUCCGGUACCUUGACCAAUUCGGAAAGACCAAAGUCCACACCCCAGUAUGCCCUUUCUACGGCCACCCUAACCCUCCGGCCCCGUGCCCGUGCCCUCUUCGGCAGGCCUGGGGAAGCCUGGACGCCCUCGUAGGCCGCCUCCGGGCCGCCUACGAAGAAAACGGCGGAAACCCCGAAACAAACCCGUUUGGAGCUCGAGCAGUGAGGCUUUACUUGCGUGAAGUUCGAGAUCUGCAGUCGAAGGCUAGAGGGAUUAGUUAUGAGAAGAAAAAGAAGCGGAAAACGCCUCCACCGCAACAACAACAACAGUAAAGGGUGAGAAAAGAAAACAUCAACAGUAAAAGGUGAGAAAAGAAAAGAAAGUAAAGGAAAAUUCUCUUACUUGUUUUUGGAUGCUCAUACUUCAUAGAGAAGCCCAUCAAUGGAAAGAAAUUAUAGCUUUUUAUUUAUUCGCUUUUCGUUCGUCAUUAAACCACAUUAGACUAGUGAGAUUUAGUGAGAAAAUUUAAUAUUUUUGUACUCUCACAUUUUCUCACUAUCCAAAGGAGCCGUAAGGCAAGCAUGUAACUUAAUGGCGUGUUUGAUUAUGUUUGCAGUACAAGCAAUGAAAAGACGAAGCUAUCAACAGUCGAAUCCUUACCCAAAAAAACAGUCGAAUCCCCGACUUUAAUCGUAUCUGUUUGAUUCGAUGGAAUGAUACACACUGGAAGUUCUCGAUCGGCUAAGGUUCUAAUCUUUAUGUUUUCCUUAAAUCAUGAAGCUUAUUAGUACUAGUUUUUUUUUUGUUUUUUUGUUUUUAAUUUCUAAAUUUGAGAGUAGAGUUUGGUAUCAGAGGAGUAAUGGGUAGAUCUAAAACACCAUUUGAUAUGGUACUUUUGAUGCAAACAGUGUUAGGAAACUAGCUAGGGGUAAUGUUUUUUUUUUUUUUUUUUAUAAGCGGAGGUACGGGCUAUCUGGCUUACGUGCAUCUCGAUGAAUUACGAACUUAAUGAUGGACAAAUCAUCGCCCCGAUGUUUGACAAGAAGUGGUAGUUAGAGGGAAUAGUAGUGAUCGUUGUGUACUAACUAGUCAAUGUACUUGAAGACUCUUCUACUCUACUCUAUGCAGUAUGAACAUAUGAUUGCCUCA